CUCCAACCGACAAACUGCGCAAUGGCCUGCUUCCGGUGCUCAUGCCGUGCCAUCAGCGUCCUCGUUGAAGGCGCUUCUGGCACACCUGUCAACGUCCGCCCAAGGCCGCGCCUACACGUUCAAUUGGUCGCGCAACAACGCCAACUGAGAGCCUUCAACAUCCGACUUCCGCUUCGCUCGCAACAGUCACAAGCUUCCUCGGAAACCAUUUCUAGCGAUAAUUCAGCAGAGGCAACGCCGCAGAGCAAUAAUUCCUACACUGUCGAGCAGAUACAAGAGUCGGAUCAGCAGCAGAUCGCAGAGGCCUACGAUGCCGCCGAGGACAUUCUCAAAGGAGCCCCAACCAGCGAACAAACGAGGUUGACAAAGACCCAGCGCCGGAAGAUUGAGCGGUAUAACAAGUAUCCGACAACUGUCUCAUUCCAGGCCGCACCAGCCACUACAGGCGCAGAUGCGGAUACAAAUGCGACAGCACCCGCGCCGAUCGAGCUUGAAGACCAGACCGUUCCCACAGUGAAGAAGAUGAAGAAGAAGGAAAAAUGGUCAAAGGAGAAGAAGAGGGCAGCCGCGGCGGAAAGGCAGAGUGUAGCAGACGCGAAUGCGCCAGCGCGCGAGCCGAACAAGACGGAGGAGAAUGCCACAAAAUCGAAGAAGAAGGAAAGAUGGUCCGAUGAGAAGAAGAAGGCCGCUGCGGUGGAUAGGCAGGCCAAGGAGGACGAAAAGAAGGCAAGAGAGCACUGGCAGAUCGACAAGGAUGCGCUGCGCAAGAAGCUUGGCGGCGAGGAAUGGCGGCCACGCAAGCGCCUCUCUCCAGAAGCGCUAGAGGGUAUCCGCGCGCUGCACGCCAAAGACCCCUACAAAUUCACGACGCCCCUCCUAGCCGAGGAGUUCAAAGUCAGUCCCGACGCGAUUCGGCGCAUACUGAGGUCCAAGUGGAAACCCAGCGAGGAGGAGGAGCAGGAGCGGGCAGAGCGGUGGAACAAGCGCGGCGAGCAGAUCUGGACGCAGCUGGCGGCGUCGGGUGUGCGCCCGCCGCGGAAGUGGCGGCAGAUGGGCGUGGGACGCGUGUCCCGCGGGGAGAGGCCUGCGUGGAAGAAGGGCGGGAAGAGGACGGUCAAGGAUGCGGUGCCCUUCAAGGGCGGGUACACCGAGGCCGAUGUGAUUGCGCGGAAUUUGGCCGCGCCGUCGACGGAAGAGGAGGACUGGGACAGUAGGAUUGUGUAGUUUGAAGGUGGUUGCGGUUGUGACUUGCGGCGUGGGUGGUGUCCAAGCUCCGCAAACACCUGCACUGCCAGCGCUCAAGAUAAAUAAUUCACGGAACAAGCAAUCACGGCCGACCAGAUAAUUAACCACCAAACGCCAAAACAAAUUUAUUUCGACGAUACAGGAUACUUAUGAAAACGGAUAGCAAGCCAAUUAAGUCUAAAUUGUAGUACUCAU